UGCACUGCCAUGAUUUUACUACAUAAUUCAUCUCUUCUCUCGUUCUUUAGAGGUAAAUAUCCCAAUUAGUUUUUGUUAUAGCUCUCUGUAGUAUACAAUCAUUCCUUUUGUUGCACCUUGUCUUUUGAUACAGUACAAGACAUCGAUUUUAACCCGUCAUACUCUCUCUUUUUCUCUCUAUCCCACGAAUGUUUACAUUCAUCUUCAAUUUAUUACUUCGGAUUCUCAAUCAUUUCUUCAACAUGCCGGGUAAAUUUCAAAAAGUCGAGGAGAUACUACAUCAUGAACAAAAUCAGGCUCCACCACCCAAACGCUUUCCCAUCGAAUGGAAUCAUGGAGUUCUCAAGGCAGAACUUCUUGCUCACUCUAUCUUCGCUGGGGAACAUGAUCAUGAUAAAUUGAAAGAAGAUUCCAAUAAAGCUAAAUUCGCUACGGGUACAUAUAUCGGGACCAAGAAAGCAGUUUCAGAAGUUUACACUCUUGUCAACAAAUCAUUCGCCUCUUUCUUUGACGUUCAUCAAUUGGAAUCUCAUCUUCCUACUGCCCCCGUCUCCCUCGAAGAGAAAAGAGAACGCUUCCAAUUCCAAACUCCCGGUUCGGACGGCUACCCCCCUCAUCUAAGUCUUGAACCUAAAGUCGAUUUUCUCCAUUCUCUCAAAAUCUUCCAACCAGAGCGACUCUUCGCCACAGCACCCAUAGUGCAAAAAGUGAUUCCUGAAAAAUUUCUCGAUUUCGCCUAUGAUGAACCAAAUCAACGCACAUUCGCUCUCAUCGAGUCUGUCAAUCAAAAACUCUUUGAUGAAAGAAGAGAUAUUGGAAAACUAGCCAAUAUCGGAACGCGAAAAGAUUGGUAUAGUGAUGAAGUGUAUGCGCAACAACAAUUCACGGGGGUAAAUCCGGUGACGAUCAAGAAAGCAGGGAAGGAAUGGAUUCAAAGAUUCAAGGCAGCAGCUAGUGCGCAGGAGAAAAGAGAUAGUUUGAGGGUGAUUGAGGAGGCGGAGAGACAGGGAGGAUUGUAUGUGCAGGAUUGUAGCUAUUUUCGGAAGUUUGCGGGGGUACCACAGGGAGAGGAUUUGAAGAGUGAUGAUGGGAAGAGGUUUGGGUGUGCGAGUGUUAGUCUUUUUCAUCUCCUCCCAAACGGUACUCUCCAUCCCCUCGCCAUAAUCCUUGACUACCGCACCAAUAUCACCGAUUCUCUCACUCUCUUUAACAACCGCACUUCCCCUUCCUCCCCCAAAACCCACGAAGCAACCGAUUGGCCCUGGCGCUACGCAAAACAAUGCGCCCAAGUAUCCGACUGGCACGCCCACGAACUCGGUUCCCACCUCACGCACACCCACCUCAUCGAAGAAGGAAUCAUCAUUUCCUCGCACCGCACCCUCCCCGAAACCCACCCCAUCUUUCAACUCCUCGCCCCCCACUGGCUCAAAACCCUCCCCCUCAACGCCGCCGCACGAGCAAGUCUCAUCCCACAAGUCAUCGUGCACAUCGACGGGCUGCCCUCAGCAAGUAGUCUCCGCAUGGUGUGCUCCCAAUACGAAACCUUCGAUUUCAUCGGUGGCUAUAUCCCACACGAUCUCGCCUCCCGCGGUUUUCCCCUCGCGGAACUCGACACCCCCAAAUUUCACAAUUAUGCCUAUGCGCGUAAUAUGAAACAUAUCUGGUUUAUCCUCCGACGAUUCGUGGCCGGAAUGCUGCGCUCUUCAUACCCUUCAGACUCCGCCGUUUCUUCAGACCAGCAUCUGCAAAACUGGUGUCGCGAGAUCCAAAGCGAAAGCGGAGCGAAUAUCUCUUCGUUCCCCACAAUCACCACCUUUGAUGACCUCACAGACGCACUCACAAUGUGUAUUCACAUCGCCAGUACCCAACACACCGCUGUAAAUUAUCUCCAAGACUACUACCAAGCUUUCGUUCCGAACAAACCAUCCGCGUUAUUUUCUCCUCUCCCCUCCUCCCUCCAUGAAUUAGAAUCCUACACCGAAAAAAACCUCAUCGAUUCCCUUCCCGUCCGCGAACCGCGCUCCUGGCUCCUCGCCUCGCAUCUCCCAUAUCUACUGAGUAGUGUCGUCGCGGAUGAUCAGUCGCUACUCGAGUAUGCGCUUAGCGUGCGCGGCGUAGCGGGGGAGAGUGAUGGGACGGGGGAGAGGGAAGAGGUAGCGGGGAGGUUUUAUGAGGAGUUGGUGGGGGUGGAGGGAGUGGUGAAUCAGGUGGCCUUGGGGGUGGAUGAUAGGACGGUUUUGUAUAGGGUGUUGGCGCCGGAGAGGACCGCAGUGAGUAUUUUGAUUUGAGUUGAGUUGGGUUAAUUUGAGGGGUGGGGUGAGGUGGGGGAAGAGGUGGGAAUUGAGGUUGGGAAAGGAAUUGGGAAGGGAAUUGGGAUUGGAUUGGAUUGAGGUUUAAUUGAGGUUGGAUUGAGGUUGGGGGACUGCGGAGAAGAGAGCUUAGAGAUAUACUAUGCUUUGUAACUGUUAAACUUUCCCGAUAUAGAACUUAUAGAUAGAAUUUUCAAUAUGUAAAUACUAUUCUACCCAGUUACUCCUCACUCCUCAUUCAUUACUUAUCACACUCCGCACACAAAAUCAACAUAUAUCUAGAAAAAUUCCUAA